AAGAAGUACAAAAUUCAUGAAAUUUUUAUAAAUUUAAAGGAGAAUAAGUAAAAAUGUCUUCGUUUCUAUGCUUUAUUUGUCAUAGUACUGUGAACGCAGAUACCAAUGAGGAAAUAAGGGAAAAAUAUAGAGAAAUUGUUGGGAUGAGUUUAUGUCCAGACUCCCAUCUCUGCUACAUAUGUUGUCACAUGGUGAAUAAGCUGUGGCUAUUUAAAUCUAUCUGUCUGAAAAGAAGUUUGGAGUACCCUGUGUUAUUUAGUGAAAAAGGCACAAUAAAUCUUCAAAAGAAUGAGAUAGAAACAGUAAUAAUUUGUUCUGAAGAAAACUGUUUACCUACCAAUAUAUUACAACUAUAUGUAUAUAAUAGAGAUCAAAGUACACAUAGUAGUGAUUAUAUGAAACUUGAGGAAGAAGGCAAUGAUUUUGAAGAUUAUUUUGAAGGUCAAGUUGAGGAUAAUGGUGUUAAAGAAGGUGAGGAGUGUAAGAAUACCGAAGAUAAUAUACCCAAUCACAAUGAAAAUUGUGAAGACAGUAACGACAUAGAAAAUAAUGGUUCCGUACAUUCAAAUAGCGAAGAUGUACAUUUAAAACAAGAAACGACCGAUGAAUUUGAAUUAAAAGACAUUGGUGAAGAAAAUGAAAUAAACUAUGAGUUCUAUGAAGAAGAAAGAAAUGAGUGUUUGGAUGAAAUUAGGAAUGGGAGUGGGAAUGAAGAUGGGAAUGAAGAAUCAGACUCAAAAAAGAAGAAAUCAAAAAAGUCUAAGAAGAAAGGCUUCGAGAAGAUACUGUUAACUGCAGAAGAGCAGAAAGCAGAGUUAGAAGCGCAGAGAAGGAGCAAGAAGUACACAGAAGCAGAGUUUAAAUGUUAUAAUUGUGCUUUGGGCUUUCUCUUCAAAGAUACUUAUCAAGCCCAUAUGAUGAGACAUGAAGAGUCUAACGGCGAAUACGUUUGUCAACUAUGUUCGCUCCGGUUCGCGACGGGCGCGGUAUUGCGGGCGCACUGUAAGCUGCACUCUACGCGGCACAGGUGUACAGUGUGCUCCGCGUAUAUUCGCGCGCGACAGACUCAGACGCACGCUAAGAGAUGCCAUGAUAGUUCUUCGGUGGCUACCUGUCAUCUGUGUGGGAGGGUUUUUCAGGACGCAAGUGGUUUACAACAGCAUUUGAAAAGGUUCCACGGUCGAACUAAGUCGAAUAGAACGUAUUCUUGUAAUAUUUGUGGUAAAAACUUUAAAAACCAAGCCGCUGUGAGGACUCAUAUGUUAACCCACAUAAACCGCAAAUUCACCUGCGACCAAUGCCCCUCUAUAUUCAGUAGUCCCUACACUUUGAAUCAACACAAAAAGAAACACACUACCACAGAACUAUUGAAGGAACAUUACUGUACAACUUGUGGGGUGGGGUAUACUAGUAGGAAGAGUCUGUUGGCGCAUUUGAGGAAUUCGGGUAAUCAUCAGGAGAGAUCCUACGAAUGCGUAAUCUGCAAUCGCUCAUGCCCAAACGAGCGUUCUUUGAACUCCCACAUGUCUUCCGUACACUCAUCAAGCAAAGACUUUGGUUGUUCCACCUGCGGCGCUAAGUAUGCCAGUCGAAAGUCUUUGGUUAGACAUGUGGGCACUCAUACAGCUAGACCACAGCCAAGUAAAGCUGUGUGUCAUCAUUGUGGGAAUAGUUUUAAGGGUAAAAGCAAGCUGAAUAGGCAUUUACGAGAAGUUUGUGAAAAGGACAAAUUGGAGGAAGAGCUUUCUGCUUAUUAUGAUAAUGUUAUAAGCCAGUAAGUCUGACACCAGUCUAACCAAGGGGUAUUGGGUUGCCUGGGUAACUGGGUUGAGGAGGUCAGAUAGGGCAGUCGCUCCUUGUGGCACACUGGUACUCAGCUACAUCCGGUUAGACUGGCAGCCGACCCCAACAUAGUUGGGAAAAAGGCUCGGAUGAUGUUAUA